UUCACAGGAUUACUCUCAUCAGCCUCAGUCACGCCAGCUGCUGACACCGGUCACGGACAAAACUGUUCGACUAAACUCUUUAUUUUAGCAGUUAUUUAUUUUCAGCAGACACCAUGAACACUCUGAACCAGCAGUAUGAGGAGAAGGUUCGUCCCUGCAUCGACCUCAUCGACUCUCUCCGUUCUCUGGGUGUAGAGAAGGACUUGGCGCUGCCUGCUAUCGCCGUGAUCGGAGACCAAAGCUCGGGAAAGAGCUCCGUGCUGGAGGCCCUGUCGGGGGUGGCUCUGCCCAGAGGAAGCGGCAUCGUGACAAGAUGUCCUCUCGAACUGAAGAUGAAGAGAAAGAGAGAUGGAGACGAGUGGUCUGGAAAGAUAAACUACCAGGACCACGAGGAAUUGAUAGAAGACCCUGCAGAUGUGGAGAAAAUGAUUAAAACAGCUCAGGAUGAAAUGGCCGGGGUCGGGGUGGGGAUCAGUGAGGAACUCAUCAGUCUGGAGAUCGCCUCCCCUGAUGUUCCAGAUCUGACUCUCAUUGACCUGCCUGGCAUCGCCAGGGUGGCCGUAAAGGGUCAACCAGAGAACAUCGGUGAUCAGAUCAAGAGACUGAUUGAGAAGUUCAUCAAAAGACAAGAGACCAUCAGCUUGGUGGUUGUUCCAUGCAACGUGGACAUAGCAACCACAGAGGCUUUGAAGAUGGCACAGCAGGUGGAUCCUGAUGGGGAGAGGACUCUGGGUAUCUUGACCAAGCCCGACCUGGUGGACAAAGGCACAGAGGACACAGUGGUUGAAAUUGUCCAUAAUGAAGUCAUCCACCUGAAGAAAGGCUACAUGAUCGUCAGGUGCAGAGGUCAGAAGGAGAUCUCAGAGAAAGUGUCUCUUAUGGAAGCAACUGAAAAGGAACAAGCUUUCUUCGAAAAUCAUGCAUAUUUCAGCACCCUCUACAGUGAAGGCCAUGCCACUGUUCCGAAGCUGGCUGAGAAACUCACACUAGAGCUGGUCCAUCACAUCGAGAGAUCCCUGCCCAGACUGGAAGAGCAGAUAGAGGAGAAACUGGCACAGACUCAGGCAGAGCUGGACAAAUAUGGUAACGGACCUCCAUCUGAUGAAGCUGAGAGACUCAUCUUUCUCAUUGACAAAGUGACCGCGUUCACUCAGGAUGUCAUCAGUCUGACUUCAGGAGAGGAACUCAAAUGUGGAGAGAAGCUCAAUGUGUUUUCUAUACUGAGAAGACAGUUUGGGAAUUGGAAUGCCCACGUGGACCGCUCAGGGCAAAACUUUAACAGGAAAAUUGAAAAAGAGGUGGAGGAAUAUGAAGAGCGAUACCGUGGUAGAGAGCUGCCAGGCUUCAUCAACUACAAGACCUUUGAGGUCAUGGUCAAGGAGCAGAUCAAGCAGCUGGAAGAACCAGCCAUCAAGAAACUCAGAGACGUAGGAGACGCUGUUAAGAAGUUGUUCAUACAGUUGGCUCUCAGCAGCUUCACCGGAUUUCCUAACCUCAUAAAGACAGCCAGGGCAAAGAUUGAAGCCAUCAAGAAAGAAAAAGAGUCCACUGCUGAAUCCAUGCUGAGAACUCAGUUCAAGAUGGAGCUGCUAGUUUACUCUCAGGACAGGACCUACAGCAGCAGUCUGAGUGAGCGCCAGAAAGAGGAGGAGGAGCAGGAAGGCAAACUGAAAAGCAAGCAAAUCAGAGAACGAAACAUUAUCAUGGAUAAUUAUGCAACACUUCAGCAGCUGAUGAUGCACCUUAAAUCGUAUUACCAAAUUGCUGGCAUGCGUCUGGCUGAUCAAAUCCCGCUAGUGAUCCGCUACCAGAUGCUACAGGAGUCUGCAAACCAGCUGCAGAGGGAGAUGCUUCAGAUGCUUCAGAGCAAGGACAAUUUGGAGUUCUUGCUGAAGGAGGAUUUUGACAUCGGCAGCAAGAGGACUGCUUUGCAGAGUCGCUUGAAACGCCUCAUGCGGGCCCGCGGAUACCUGGUGGAGUUUUAGAGGUGAAGACCAAAUGAUUUUACUCCGCUUUCAUUUGUCAAAUACAGUAUCAUUUUAGUUGUUGGACUAUUUUACUAUACUUUGUUACAUUAUUUGUUCAAUGACUAUUUUUUAGUGUGUCCACUUUAGAAUGGACAGAUUUGUAUUCUAUCUACUGUCAUGCAAAAAAACUCCAAAAAAGUCUAAGAAACUCA